CAGUACACGGCCGGACGCCGAACUGCGCAGACAGGCCCACGAUGCGCGCUCGGUGAAAUAAAUAAUUCGCGAUGUUGUUCGAAAGCCCCAACGCUAAACUGUUCCCGGCCUUCAACAUACCUCCACCCGUCAGGCUCAGCGGUGCUCUGGGCGGCGUGGAAGUCCUAGAUGGUGGAUUGGUAGGCGGUGAACUUGGUCACGUGUUGAGCGCGCAGGCCGCGGCACACGCAGCAGCUACUGCCCAUCAUCAGCAACAACAAAUAGCUGCACAACAGAUUAAAAACUCUCCGUCAUCAGGCCGUUCAUCACCAGUUCAACCCACAAAUGGCACCACACCAGCUACGGGCACCACUUCACCAUCGCCAAGCAAGCUCUUCGUGGGGGGCCUCAGCUGGCAGACGAGCUCGGAAAAGCUACGAGAGUACUUCACAAUGUUUGGAACUGUCACUGAUGUUUUGAUAAUGAAAGAUCCUGUUACUCAGAGGUCGCGCGGGUUCGGCUUCAUCACGUUUCAGGACGCCUCAUCCGUGGACAAGGUCCUAGCCGUGUCCGUGCACACGCUCGACGGGAAACGGAUCGACCCCAAACACGCCACCCCCAAGUCCGCUCCGCGACCUACCAAGACCAAGAAGAUAUUCGUCGGCGGAGUCGGGCAGGACACCUCCGCCGAGGAGGUCAGGGCGUACUUCUCGCAGUUCGGCGUGGUCGAGGAUGCGGUCAUGCUGAUGGACCAGCAGACGAAGCGGCACCGCGGCUUUGGCUUUGUGACGUUCCACUCGGAGGAGGCGGUGGAGCGCGUGUGCGACAUUCACUUCCACACGAUCAAGAACAAGAAGGUGGAGUGCAAGCGCGCGCAGCCCAAGGAAGCGGUCGCGGCGGCCCCGCUGGCGCUCGGAAAGCGGCUGGUGGUGCGCGGGGGGCGCGGCCUGCUGUACGGGGGGCUGCCCUCGUACCGGUACGCGCCCUACGCGCUGCCCUCCGCCCCCGCGCUGGUGCCGCCCGCCCCCGCGCCCCCCGCACCCCUGCCGCAGUUCGGCGCCGCCUACUCGCUGGCCGGGGUGGACAUGUCCUCGUUCCAGGGCGUGGACUGGAGCGCCAUGUACCACCUGCCGAUGUACAUCUAACUCCCCGUUCCUGAACACGUUUUCUUUCGUUAGCCGGUGCAGGUCUCGGAGUGGCCACAGAGGAAUGAUCAGUAUUCGAACUUAGUUAAGUUUCGGCUCAUUACUGUUAGGUUAAGGAGUUCGCCGCCCGCUGCGGGCCUCAAAGAUGAGCAUUUUUUUUAAAUUAAAAAGUCGGUAGUUCGGUUUCCCGGCGUGUGCGUUGCGUUGUUUCUUCUAGAGAAUUAGCCCUACUCAAUGCACUCAUUGAUUCUGUCGGUGUAGUAACAUGACAGGGUCCUUUAGAGACCGACGGAAGCGUCACACAGGACUCGCUAUCGGAACUUGAACGUCUUUAAGAGAUCUCACAAUAAUUUAGUUGCGAUAUUACUUUUUUUUUUUUUUCAAGAUAGUAUAUAUAUAUUAUAUACACUAUUAUUAUUUUUGUCUUGGAUUUUGUAAUUAGUUUGUAGUAGUAUUUAGUGCACGUUCGUUGGCAAUACCCAUAUGUAUUGAUAUGACUUUAAACGCGAGGACUGUGUAUAAUUUUUGUUUUGAUGAAUCUCAUUCGCAGCUAUGUAUUUUUUUAUUAAUUUAAACUAUAAUAUAUUUAGCAUAACUUCUGAAGGGCGGGGCGGCCGCGAGCUGCAACAUUAUUUGGUUACUCAAGUGGGGUAAAAAACACUUGAAGAAUAUUUCCAAUAGCCCAUAUGAAGGUGGAUUUAAUUGAAGGCUGUUUAAUGACCUGGAUUUAAAGUAUGAACUGUCUCGCGGCCCCCCUCUCCUCCCUUCAGCUCACAAUACUCUACAUAUCUAACUGACAAGCAAUUCAUUCACGUAUGUAUGUUUUUUGUAGAAUAGCGCCUCGUGAGGUUCUGGUACCGUUUAGACGUAUAAUGUACCUUAAAAUCUACCGAAUCGGUAGAUUUUGGAGCGUGGCAACAUUUUUCUCAAAAUGGCGGCCGUGACAAUGGCAACAUCGUCUAAACGGCGCUGCAACUGUGGGCGGUUCCUAGUGCGUACAUUAAUAAUAACUUAGUUUAGUGCGAGGGAAUGCUACUAACACCGUGAGUGUCACAUGACAAUAAGCUAAGUAUAUAAGCCGCUGUAGAUUGUAAACGCCGCCUGACUUUGCCUAUGUUUAACACUAGCGAGUGACUGGACCCGUUAGUCGGGUCUGUAGACUCCUUCAUGUAUCAACUUAUCAUAUCUGUAAGGUUUGUACUUAAAAGCUGCUAUUAAAGCUUAGGCUAAAUAUAACUUGUAUCAACUUGGAACGCUUGUAGGUGCGACGUGAUCUGAGUACUCCGACGCACCGCGUCUGUACUUAAACAUAUACAAGUGUUAUUCGCGUUAAAUUUGCGCAGUCUGUAUAAAAAAUUCGUUUUCUAAUUGAAUUUGCGGGUACUUAUUGUUUUAAGAUCCUCAUACUAAGUAUAUAUUGUGGACUCGUGUCAUUUCUGACUGGAUGUAGUAGUGUGAAAAGGAUCCAAUACAAAAUUUAUAACAGAAUUAUUAACAAAGGUAAACUUUUUUAACUAAUAAACUUUAAAUCAGGUAUCCAGGAGGUAGAAAAAAAUCCAAAAUAUGCAAAUGGUUCCUUCUUGUUGAAUCGCGUUCUAAGGAUACCUUGAUAUUAUCUAGGACCUCGAAUAAUUGCUAUGUCUAAGCUUGACCUUGAUAUUAUCUAGGACUUCGAAUAAUUGCUAUGUCUAAGCUUGACGACUCGUCGAGUCGAUCUGCGGUUGUGUACUUGUAUUAUGACUUAGUUUAACUCGUAGAGUCUGUAUGUCGUUCGUACUCGUCUCUAUACAAGCCGUGUACGACUUGAGAGCAAUAAUUUUUUGAACUAAAGUAUAUACUUAUCCGACUUAUCAGUAUUAAAUUUGUAGUGUCCAAAUUUUGAUAGUUUUAAAAUCAUUUUGCUAAAACUCUUUGUGCUCAAAUCGAGGGUAGUAGGGUGACAAUAAAUUUGGCGGAAAAAAUAUCAUAGAUCCCAUAGCUAAGCCGUCGAUAAGCCGUGCUGAUUGCAACGUCCAAGGAGGUAAGGCUAACCUAAGGCUAAAGCUGUGCUAAAGCUAAAACUAAUUACUGUAAAACGAAUUUUCGUUUCGUAAUUAAAAAAUACUAAAUUAUGACUUCAAUUAGAUCCAGUAACUGACAACAGUCGCUUCUGCCACUGAGUGGCGUCUUUGGACCCAUGUUUUUGAAUUACGAACCAACUAGCAUCCCAAAAAAUAUAAUAUUACGAUACAUUGAAUAUGUUCUGGUAUUUUCUGGAAACAGAAGGGCGCUCUAGUUGGACUAGUAGAUCUUUCUCGAACUUUUCUAUGACCGCCUUACCACCGGGCGCUGUCUGCCGGAUAACUAUCUUCGCAAUGUAAAGGAUGAAUAGGUCGUUAAUUGAAAAGUGCAGAACUUUGGAGAAAUCGCAGCGACCACGUCCUCUGUAGUGUAUCUGGAAAAAUCCUAUUGAAUUCUUGAUGAGCAAAGGUUUUGUUGUUUAAAUUAUAAUCUUUAUCGGUUGAAAUAGAACGUCUUAAAUUGUAGUAAUUGGUUAGCAUGUCUCGGUGCAAAGCAAAGGCCUCCACGUUUCAUAGACAACUCGCCGACUAUGGAGUAUACUCUGCUUUAAAUAUGCUUUCGACUAUAGCAAAUGUGCUACUUACUACCUAAGGCAGUAAACUUGUUUUUACAUUAAGGCAUACCAUGGAGAAUUAAACAACCGCAUCACAAGUGAAAUAAAAUGAUCUAUGAUUUCGCACUGUGCUUGGACCGAGCGCUUCCAAGUCACCGAUACGACGGUAAAGCUUAGAUCAGUUUUGACAUUUAUAAGCACGGCUAUUAUGUCAAGGAUUGAAUUUAAACGUAAAAACAAAAGAUUUAGUAGAUUUGAGUGGUGUGUCUUUUAAGUCUUAGCUUUUCGCUUGUGUUGUCAGCAUAACAGUGAAAUAGAAUCUUUUUAAUAUAAUUGGCCGAUGUACUUUGGUACUAUUAAGAUUAAUUAAAUAAUUAGCGUUAGUUUCGAAAAGCAAUACUUAACCCCUGUGAUUAGCAAGUAUUAUACUAUUAUACAUAUGUAUUAUAUAUAUAUCUAUCAACCUAUAUACAUAAAAAGACAAAAUGUGGUUGUGUUUGUGCAAUUUUUAGGAUAAGUCGUGUGUUCCGGACUUGGUCCUUUACUAUUUAAUGACAGUAUUAUCUAGUUUUGGAAAUUAAAUAUUUAUUUCUCAAAGUAAAUGUUUGCGAUUUUAUUUACAUUAACAAUAAUUGAUUUAUGUCUGAACUUUAAUUAUAGUAAGAUUUAAUCCGCAUCACUGGCUCGACUGACGUUUUUACUCUUCCAUCUUCCAACUUUGGUAAAAUUUAUCUUUUGAAGGUUCCCAUGUGAACCGGUGUCUUAAAUUUUAUCGCCAAGGUGGCUUCUGCUUACAUUCCUACUGUUGUUACGGUCUAUAAGAAUCAUUGGUGUAUGCAACUUAACCAAAACCAAAGGUAAACAAAUACUCGCUGUGCAUAUAACUCCUAGUUUAAAAGAAUAGUAAUAACGCCGAUUCACUCCGACAAAUGGACAAUGUUAAGCUGUAAAUGCUUAGAUUGCAUCGUUGACAGCGAAAACUUCCGAGUGAAUAAUAAAAAAGCUUCUGCUAAUUAUUUCUCAUUCAGAAGGCACAUAAACAAUCGUCUUGUACUGAGUAUGUAUCUAAAUUUAAAUGAAAUAAAAUCGCAAAUAUUACUAGGUCACUUCUAAAAAAAAUUAUUUUGUAUUUUUGUCUAAAUUUGGUAAUUUAAUACGUCUGUAGUUGAUAGUUUGUUUCGGUAAUGCUUCGUCGGUUCAAGUCAGGCGGCGAUAUGUAGUGCAGAGUGCAUGCGGUAGCUUGGCCGACAAGUCCCAGUCGGUCCACUCUUGUAACCGUGGUGUGUGGGUACAUAAACAAACAUUUAUGAAGUUAGUUAAUAUAUUAUGCUGUUCUACUGAAUUAAACUAAUUGUCUUGUUGUGUAAAAAUUAUAACCCCAAUAUUUGUAUUAAAACAAAUGUUUUCAAUGCGUUGAAAGAUUUGGAUUCACUAUCAAAAAAAACUUGUGUGCAACUAAAUGUGUCAAAUAUGAUGAAUAUUAAACUAAAAUGUAUGUUGUGGCUUUGGAAAGAAAAUGUGCAAAGUUUUGAUUUUGACGACUCUUCGGACGCGUCCCCACAGACCACGGCUAUCGAAUGCUAUCAUUUCACGUGUACACACAUACCUGUCCUAUAAUUAGCAGUAUUGUAAGUUUAAGUAGUUUUAGUAUCUUACCCUGAGAUUUUAAAAUUGAAGAGGAACGUCUUGACUAAAGAAACUCAUGUCCCUCGUUUUCCGUUCUUCUAAAUUGUCAGUUCAUAAGGCCUACAAAAAAUGUGUAAUUGCAAUGGAAUGUACUUAAAUUGAAUUUAAUCUUUUUUUUUACCGGGCUAUAGACGUUCCUCAUAUUAUGUUACACCUUUUGUAUAAUAGAUCUUUUAUUUCCUUGAGAAUCUCAGUAUUAGAAGAUUACGAGUUGUCUUACCUAACAUCCCCGCCGCUAACGACUUGCCAAAAUAAAACGUGCGGUGGUAAUUAGUACUUAAUAAUUUUCCUAUUAAAUUUAGUAUAUGUUCUGUUCGAACUCCCGCGGCCUCUAAAACUUAACUUUGACGCUGUCAAUGUCAAAAUUGCGCGGGAAUUUUUAAGCGGGAUUUCAAAUAGACUACACGCCACUUGUAUUAAUUUAUGUAUGGUAAGCUGGUUUGUUUUGUCUCGACUAGUGUUUUUUUUUCUUCAAUGGUUUGCGGAUCGUAGGUCAUAGCAUCGUAGUACUUAGUCAUCUAGAAUCCUUGCUAUAACUUUGUUCUGCUGUCUCUUUUAAACGAGAUUUAGGACAGAGUUAAGUUUAUGCAAGGAAAAUAGAUCGCUCUCUUAGUUUAGUUUGCCCGUUUGUAUGGAGCACUAGUAUACUCGAAUGUGUCAUUACAUGGAUAUGAUUAGAAA